AUUUCAUACAGACAAUGGAACUUCCAGAUAUUAUCCCAAACAAUGAUUCGGAUGGUUCUGGUUCCUCCGAUGAGUUCAUGGUUCAGCCGUACGCAAUGAGAGAUUCUAGCUCGGGCUUCGAUGAGAACCUGGAUAACCAGCCUGCGACUCCCGCAACCGUUGCCUCCUCCCCUCCUACGUCUUCCGGUUUCCCCUCGUGGGGUAGUACCCCUGGUACGCGGCCUCGUGGCUCCAGUCUUGGUGCUGCUUCAGGCCUCGAUAAGGGGGCUGCUUUGGAUGGGCAACGCCCCUCCGGGCCUGCCAGGACGCCUUCAAACACCUAUGCACCGCAGAGACGCCCACCGCAGUAUAUAAGCAUUCAGGGCCAUCAGCGGCGAUCAUCCUCACUAAAGCGUUCCUCCAGACGUGACCCGAAUGCACAGUAUCGAGCACAGGAAAAGGCCUACGUUCAACGCAUCCGAGCGAACCCACUGGCAUGGUAUCACCAUUUAGACAGCCCCGCAAAUACAAACGCGUCAGAUCUAGAUCUAGAGGAACCGUCACCUUCGUCAGAAUUACAGCUUGAAGAUGAUCCUUACGACCCUGAUAUUCAAUUAUUUCUCGCUGAUGACAACCAACCUACGAUUGAAGAGCUUAAGAACCCGAAGAACCAAGAGAGACUUGAAUGGCAUUCAAUGCUAGCCUCAGUGUUGAAGGGAGAUGUCGUCAAGCAGGAAAAGCAACGGUUGAUUGGGGCCACCGAGUCGAAGAGAUCCACCGCCCUGAACAAUGAGAUUUGGCUAGGCGUCAGAGCGAAAACAUGUGGUAGGAGCAUUGCCUUUCAGCGGAAACUUAUAGAGGAAGCACGAGCUGGCCUUGGUCCUCUAAUCGAAGAGGUCAUCAGUUUCGAAAUUAAAGGUGAAAAGGAGAUAGGGAAACCCCCAAUUAAGCAGGUCGAGGACAUUAUGGAAAAGAUUGAGAACUUCGAGAUGCUGUACGCCACUCAAAAAGAGCUAGAAACCACCCAUCCCCGCGUUGCUUCAGAAGAAUUCUGCUCAAGCUUCGAGGCGAUCAUUGCGUGGCAUAACACCACGGCUCUAAUAAAUACCGAACUUGCGAUUCUGCAGAGCUGGGUUGGAAAUCUCGAACUCGAUUUCAAUAAGCCUAGGACGCAGCGCUUUUCUAACGAUAUUUCUGACGAUACAUCUUUCCUUGAUCGGAUUAUGAAAGAGGACGGUCUUAAAACUCUUCAGGGGAAUCACAAUAUGCUUAAUGGAAUAAGCGAAGUAAUCCAGAAAGCAAAAUGCACACUGAUCGACAAUGCACAGGCCUUUGCCAAAAGGCACCUGCCCCCUUACAUUGAGGAGCUUCUGACACUCAUCAAUUUUCCUUCCCGUCUAAUACAAGAGAUCAUUCGCGUGCGAUUGUCGUACGCGAGGAAUAUCAGGGAUUCUACCCAGCAGUCGCCAAUCCUUGUCGAUCAAAUGAUUUCACAAUUCCAGAUAUUGAUGAGAGUUGCGGUGGAGAUUAAACAACGUUAUCUCACCGUUUCAAGGCCAGAGCCGGGCUGGGAUCUCCCUCCUUGCAUAGAUGAGAACUUCGAUACUGUUGUUUUGGAUGCCAUGAGAUAUUAUUUCAGGCUCCUGAACUGGAAGUUAAGCGCAAAUAAGAACACGUUCAAGGAGGCAGAGAUAUUAGAGCAGGAGUGGGAGUUUUCGAAUACAAUUGGUCGUCAGCUUGAGGGAGGAGACAUUGAAGUCGCAGAGCAAUUUAGUGCUUUGACGGCCAAAUCGCUCCAACGUCUCAUGAUUCAUUUUGACCGAGAAUUGGUUAUGAGAGCGAAUGAAGACGUGACUGAUAUGGAUAAACGAUUCAAGACAGUCCUUGAUUCAACGCGAAUUCGCCAGAGAAAGCUCUAUCGGUUUUCUCGAUUUCUGCGUCAGCUGUUCGAAAAUGCCACAGAGUACAACAUCACAGCUGAUAUCGUGCACGAUUUUUUCGAAGCAUUGCUAAUUUCGGAUCACUUUCUUGUAAAAUUGAACAAUCCUGUGGGCCAAAAGGGCAUGUACCUAUUAGCACACCACGCACUAUGGAAUCGUCCUGCAGAUAUUCAGGCAAUCUUGGCAACAUCUUUCCGUGAGGAGGAUGCCACGAAGGACUCAUCACAUACAUCCUAUGUACUAGCAAUACGUCCAGAGAGGCCAGUUGUAUGGCAUGGCAGAGAGAUGGAGCUGGACAUGCUGGAGCUACCUACGGAUGUACGACCCGGCAAACUUCGCCUCAUCGUGGAAGGCACGCAACAGCGGCUGGCGGCUGCCAGACAUGAACUAGUGCAGUCAACCGGGACUGAACUUGAUAUGGCUAUUGAGCAGCGUGCCAACUUACCCCGGGUUAACGCGGAACUAAAUAAAAUCAAGAAGAUCUCGUUCAAACUGUCCAUGACAAUCAUGGACAGUGUUGCAACCGUUAGAUCCCAGCUCAAACAGAAGAGGGUCGAGAAUCAUGACCUUAUCCAGGCGUGCUAUGCCUUUGCAACUGAGUUUGGCAAGCGGUCAUCGACUUAUGUGGAUGCAAACAGACGCGCAAUGAACAGCGCCCGGCUUGUGGAGUUGUCGCUAGACUGGGUUGCCUUCAUCUGCGAUGAUUGCGAUGCUGCUGACCGGAAAACCUUCAAGUGGGCCGUGGCUGCACUCGAAUUCUCCAUGGCCAUUACCUCUAGCAGGCAUCUUCUCUCUAUGGAUGAUGCACAGUUCGGUCGCUUAAGGCUGAAGGUGGCUGGAUGCAUGUCCCUUUUGAUUUCCCACUUUGAUAUCAUGGGGGCCCGAUCAUCACUCGCUGCGCAGGCAGAGAAGCGACGGAUGGAGGAGCGAGCGGGGGCGAGAAAUUUCGGCGCUGGGAGGGCAUUGACUGAUAGAGAAGCAGCCAAACUUGUUCGAGAGCAGCGGCUGGCCCACUUGGCGGUGAUCGAAGAAAGCGGGAUUGAAGAGAGGGCAAAGCGCCGUGCGUUAGGAAGGGUCCUCGAAGGAUCCAAUGAGGCGGAUAGGUCCCUCACUGUGCUUUCAUCAUCAGCUACCAAUGUGACGCUGCGGUGGCAGCAAGGCCAAUUCAUCGGUGGAGGUACUUUUGGUUCUGUCUAUGCGGCCAUCAACCUCGAUAGCAACCUUCUCAUGGCAGUCAAGGAGAUCCGUCUUCAGGACCCGAAACUCAUUCCUAAGAUUGCCCAGCAAAUUCGUGACGAAAUGGGAGUUCUCGAGGUGCUAGACCAUCCCAACAUUGUCUCCUACCAUGGCAUUGAAGUGCACCGUGACAAGGUAUACCUCUUUAUGGAAUACUGCGCUGGUGGUUCACUCGCCGCCUUACUGGAACAUGGGCGUAUCGAAGAUGAAACAGUCAUCAUGGUCUAUGCUCUCCAACUCCUGGAAGGGCUCGCAUACCUGCACCAGGCUGGGAUUGUUCACCGCGACAUCAAGCCCGAAAACAUUCUGCUUGACCACAACGGUAUUGUCAAAUAUGUGGACUUUGGUGCGGCCAAGGUCAUCGCCCGUCAUGGCAAAACAACUGCCCCACUCGAUGCGUUUGGCAACGCCAAUCUCAGCCAAAAUGAUGCACGCCAGCGCAACACGCAGAAAACUAUGACCGGAACCCCCAUGUACAUGUCCCCCGAGGUUAUUCGUGGUGACUCAUCCAAUUUGGUUAACCGUGAGGGGGCUGUAGAUAUCUGGUCAUUAGGCUGCGUGAUACUCGAGAUGGCCACUGGCCGUCGUCCUUGGUCUACCCUGGACAACGAAUGGGCCAUUAUGUACAACAUAGCCCAAGGACAUGUGCCACAGUUGCCCUCUCGCGACCAACUAAGCGACCUGGGGAUCGACUUUCUACGACGCUGUUUCGAGUGCGAUCCUUUCAAGCGGCCCACCGCGGCGGAGCUCCUCCAGCAUGAGUGGAUUGUAUCGAUCAGGCAGCAAAUCGUGCUUGAACCGACUACCCCUAGUGAUGUUAAUGGCUCUAUAAGCAGCUCUAGUGGGACUAGUCGUAACUCGACUAGUAUGUUCUGA